AUGAAACCGCCAUAUCUGGCUAGAGAAGUAUACCACUUCGACUACUUCAGCGGCCAAUUCAGCGGCCUCCUCAGCUCCGAUUUUGAACAAUAUGGAACAAAUGCACCACCUGUUCAAGUUCUUGAGGACUCACCACCCGCCGCAGGUCAUACUAGAUCUCCGGUUGGGGCCAGUUCAUCUCCAGUUCAAGUUCUUACAGACUUACUACCCACCACGAGUUAUACCAAGUCUCCCGCCGGCAAGAGUCGUUCCCGCUGGCUACAGUUGGCCAUAGCAAAGUUCUUCGACAAGUUCCUCGAGAAUAUGGGCGCGAGAAAACAGCGAAAAGAGAAGGACUACUGCCAUUCAAAGGGUUCAGAUGCCAAGGCUAGGGAAGUUUCAACGGAGAGCACGGAGAGCACGGAGAGCACUCCAGCCGCGAGCUCCGACGUCUGUCUCAUGAACAUUCCAGCGGCAGGUUCCGAGGCUUCUUUCGUGACCGCGCCAGCAGCGAGUCCUGGGGUCUCUAUCAUGGCCAUGCCCAACGAACUUUUGCUACAAGUAAUGGGCCAUUUGUCAGCUCCCUCCUUGUAUUGCCUGCGCCAGACUUCGGGUAGAUUCAUGGACCUUUUUGAUUUGAAGGAUUUUAAAGGGUUUCACCAAGAGGUCGGAAUAUCCAGCAUCCACAAGAUGUUUAACAUGAAAUUGUUGUGCGCCGCGGAUAAGAACAUGAUUGCCAAUUCUUUGCACCAUGAGAUGUACUGUGCCCCUUGUCUUGCGGCAGAGGAAUGCGGGACUCUCGCUGAUCGGCUAGAAACUCUACGCAGCUUGCGAUAUUGUCACGGAUGCAAGAGAUUACACGCAGCCGCGCUGUUCCCCCCUGAGGACAACCACGACACUAAACAGGUCGGUGUCUGCAUCGGUCGAGUUGGACAUGUUACCCUCUGCAAUCACAAUUCAUGCUCCCCCACCACCUGGCGAGAUAUAGAACAUUAUGUUCCACCCGGCCGAUAUCCGCACUUGUUCGGGCAUAGCGACGCCUGCACCGACAGGGCACAUCAACCUGAUUGGAAGUACAACGAGAGAAUCGGUUCAGUUGGAUCACCGUUCCCCCGACUCUACGGACGCCGAACCUGGCAACGUCCUAUCCUGAUCUUCAAUCCUGUAUUCCAGGUAGCAUACGGUUGGGAUCUACCUUUGCUCGAAGUUGGCCAGAGAUACCGAUACCGACCUUCUUUGGACAGUAUUCACAAAAAGCUUCGCAGUUUGCUCGAAGCAGGCGCGUUGCACAACCACAGGCUCUGCCCGCACGUCUCCCCAGAUAACGAGAUCAGGAAAUUUGUUCGAUCUGGAAUCUGCGAUUGCUUCAGAAGAGGUGUUGGAAAUACGAUCUACAAUUGCUUUGAGGACUGCGAAUGUAAACGGCAAGUCGUUCUCGAAUGCAGACUUUGUGGUUCCAUAUACAUGUGGCUCUCCAACUGGAACCGAAUCAUUUUUUCACGUAGGCAUCUCUGGCAUAUUCAAAGGCCUACUAGCCCCGGAUGGCUGAGCCUUCUUGAUAAGGAAUGGCAACAAAUGCACUUCACUGAGGACAACCGACACGUACUGUGGUGUGAUGUGCCACAUUGUCGGACAAACAGGAGGGGACGAUGGGAGGCGCUGGUAAAGGAGGAGUCCGAAAGAGAAUACCUUGAGUCCAACGGUGAUAAUUCUCAAGACUUCUGGGACUACAAAGAGGCAAUGAUAGCGUCUGAGAGUGGCUCAUUUCAGAACUGGCGAAACAUCAACAACGUGAGGGAGCGACAAGAAGCACUGACGUCUGUUCCAAUUGUGCUUGUGAUUCCCAUCAAGACUAUUAUUUCUGGGGUUGUCAACGGCACUCAGCUUGGCUUUACAGCAUUGGGUAAGGCAUACACCUCUGCUGUUCCAGAUGAUCGAAAAGUCGAUACCCAAGCUGUUUCCGAUGAGAUUAAUACCGACUUACAGAAUUGCUACGAGGCUUACCUGUCUUGA